AUGACGGCCUUGGAAUCAUCUCAUACCUUGAAUCUGAAAUCGGUACCACCUAUCUUCAUACUUCCCACUCAUCUGCAACCGCAAGAACUUCAUGAGACGGAAGACUCGAUAUUCAAAGCAGGCGGUAGUUUGACAUACGAUCCCAAGGAGGCUAGAAUAUUCAUAGGUCGCAUCAAUCAGAAGAAGCGCGCUGCCUUUGAGUUGCGGGCCCGAGGAAUAUGGACUGAAGAAGCUACCUUACCUGAACCCAGCCAGGAGGCUCACAAUGAAGGUCCGACGAGGAAGAAGAGAAAGGUCAGUAUGACCGAAGACAGUGUGAGUGCUGCGGCCAGAUCUAUCUCAACUUCACCGGGUGCGUCGGUAAUAGAUACAGUCUCCCUUACAUUUCCACCUCGACCCUUCUGGCCGGAUCUCACGAAUCGCAUUCUCAUUCUCAAAAUUUCCUGGCUCGAAGCAUGUCUCAAGCAAGCCAAACUUGUCCCAUACAAGCCCUAUGUCAUCUACAAUGCCAAGGUGAUAUCUAAACCUACUGGGCCAAUGCCAGAGACCGGCUCCACAUCCUCUCCAUCACGUCCAACUCCCAAUGUGACAGCGACAAUUCUCCAACGCGCACAAGCCGAAGCAUCAACUCUGCCAUCCUCAUCUAGCCCGUACACCUCUCGCCGUCGCUUGGGCAACCAAAAUCGACAACGAAAGGCCUCUUCAUCUACUAGAGCCAGCCCACCCACACUCCACCGGACCACGACGUCCGAAAUGGAAUUCUUAGCUGAACACCCCCUUCCACCCCUUCCUGACUGGGCAUCAGGCCCCAACGCUUCGUAUGCCUGCUGCCGCUCUACGCCGAUAAAGGCACUCAACGAAGCCUUUAUUGCCCAAUUGAUCAAAAUCAGGGAAGCCCGCCUACUAACCCUAGACGACAUUGGUGUACGGGCCUAUUCGACUUCCAUCGCUAGUAUCUCAGCCUAUCCGCAUCGAAUUAUGCAUACGGAAGAAAUCACACGCCUACCCGGCUGCGACGCCAAAAUCGCCGCGCUGUGGAACGAAUGGCAGCAUUCCGCCUCGGAAGAUCCGGAACGCUACCUCCAAACGGUUCGCGACCUCGACAAUGACACCGACCUAGCUCACCUGCGCAUAUUCUGGAACAUCUGGGGCGUGGGUCCAGAUACGGCGCGCAAGUUCUACUUCCAAUAUGGAUGGCGAGACCUGGACGACGUGGUGGAAUAUGGUUGGCACUCGUUGACGCGUACGCAGCAGAUCGGUGUGAAAUUUUAUGACGAGUUUCAGAAUAAAAUUCCUCGGGCUGAAGUUGAGGCGAUCCGCGAUGUGAUUAAGCGGCACGCAAGGGACGUCCUGGACAUUCCCCGCUAUCAGUUCGGCACCAAAGACGACGUCGAGUGUAUCGUUGUCGGCGGGUAUCGGCGUGGCAAGGAACUAAGCGGCGACGUCGACGUGAUUCUCUCGCACCGCGACGAGAACAAGACGCAAGAUCUCGUCGUAGACGUCGUCCACAGUCUCGAAGCCGAGGGCUGGAUCACCCAUACCCUCACCCUGCACACGAUGACCAGUGAUCGCGGACAAGCAACACUGCCAUUCCAUGGUAAAAAACGCGGUCACAGCUUCGAUAGUCUUGACAAAGCGCUGUGCGUAUGGCAGGACCCGCAUUUCGAAACCUCAUCGAAAACGACACGGGAUGUGAACGAAGGAGGCGAAGGAGGUGAAGAAGGAGAAGUGCCCCAAAGGAAAAAUCCCAACAUCCACCGCCGCGUCGACAUCAUCAUCUCCCCCUGGCGCACCAUCGGCUGCGCCGUCCUCGGUUGGAGUGGCGGCACCACAUUCCAACGCGACGUACGCCGCUUCGUCUCCAAGGCUCACGGAUGGAAGUUUGACUCUUCGGGCGUCCGUGACCGGGUGUCUGGGCUCGUGUUGGACCUCGAGGGCCCCCGCCCCCGCGGCCCCGAGGCCAUUGAAAAAUUUAGGAUAAGUAAAGGGAUAUCCCAUUCCGAUUCCAGCCCCGUCCCUGCCGGAUCUGCUACCACAAAACCUUCCAAAAACUCCACCCGCAGAUCCACCGUUGGGAAUGCUUCUAAGGGUAUGAAGGGUACAAAGAGUGCCCCAAUAGAAAUCAACGAUGCGGAGAGUGAUGGGGGAAGAGUCGAAGAUGCGGAUAUGGAUGAUGCAGAUACCUGGCACGAUCGCGAGAGACGACUCAUGGAGGCUAUGGGCAUUGGAUACCGGCCUCCGGAGGAGAGAUGUACCAACUGA